AUGGCUCCAACAAACCUCAGCGACAUCCAGCCCCCGGCCACAGAGGCCAUCCCUACCAAGUCAAUAUCUAUACCAUCAACCCGUCUCGAAAAGCCACCCCAAGUCCAAGUCCUAGGCAAAACCAAGAGUGGCAAGACGCUCAAGAUCCGCAGCUACCCGGUCUUCGACAACCUCGAGGACGAGCGCCUCUACCGCAAGCAGCAUCUCGCCGCAGCAUUCCGCAUCUUCGCAGACCGAGGUUUCGACGAGGGCGUUGCAGGGCAUAUCUCCGUCCGCGAUCCAAUUCUGACGGACCAUUUCUGGAUUAACCCCCUCUCCGCACACUUCUCGCUAAUCAAAGUAUCCGACCUCGUCCUCGUCGACGAAGACGGCAACGUCGUUGAAGGCGACGAACCCGUCAAUCUCCCCGCCUUCGCCAUCCACAGCGAGAUCCACAAAGCCCGACCAGACGUGAACGCCGCAUGCCAUGCCCACAGCGUCGCCGGCAAAGCCUUCAGCUGCUUCGGGCGGGAACUCGAAAUGAUUACGCAGGACUCGUUGCGUUUCUACAAGAGCCAUGCCGUGUACCGCGAGUUCCGGGGCGUGAUAUUGGAUGGGGAGGAGGGGAGACGGAUCGCCAGGGCGCUGGGGAACGGGAAGGCUGCGAUUCUGCAGAAUCAUGGCCUGCUUACUGUUGGAGGGAGUGUGGAUGAGGCGGCGUUCUGGUUUAUUAGUCUAGACAAGACGUGUCAGGCGCAGCUGCUUGCUGAUGCGGCGGCCGCCGGGGGGUACAAGAAGAUUCUGAUUAGUGAGGAGGAGGCGGAGUAUUCGGCGCCGCAGGUGGGAGGGCCCGAGAAGGGGUGGUUGGCGUUUCAGCCGUAUUAUGAUGAGCAGGUUGCGAAGACGAAAGGGGAGUUUUUGCUAAUGGACCGCUCCAAGAAACCCGCUGCCAUCGGGGUCACCGCAACCCCGCCCCAACCAACAAUCUCCCUUGCCAACAACGUCGUCCAAGCUACCCUCCCCUCCGGAGAGUCCGUCACCGUCAACCUCAACGGCGCAACAGUCACAUCCUGGAAGACUGCCUCUGGCACAGAGAAGCUAUGGCUCAGUGAAGCCGCGGUCCUGGAUGGCUCGAAGCCUAUCCGCGGUGGAAUCCCCGUUGUCUUUCCGGUCUUCGGCCCUCCCCCCUCUGACCACGCCACAUCCUCCCUCCCUCAGCACGGCUUCGCGCGCUCCUCGCUCUGGGAAUUCCUCGGCAAGUCCUCCUCCGAGUCCGCCGGUCGCACUGGCGCCGAUGACACCGUGAAGCUCGACUUCGGGUUGUCGGCGGGACUGCUUAGUGAUGACUCCAAGUCGAAGUGGCCGUAUGAGUUUGGGCUUGUUUACAGCGUGACACUUUCGCCCGAGGGGCUGGGGACGUCCCUGCAGGUGCGGAACCAGGGAGAGAAGAGCUUUGAGUUCCAGGUGUUGCUGCAUACUUAUUUCGGGGUUGAGGACAUUUCUCAAAUCCACGUCAAGAACUUGCAGGGAAAGACGUACAUCGAUAAAGUCCAGAACGCAUCCACACACACCGAGUCCAACCCCACUGUCCAGUUCUCUUCCGAGACAGACCGCGUAUACAAGGAGCUUGACCCGUCGGUUCCCCUGGUUAUCUCGUCUGGGGAUAAGGAAUUGUUCAGCAUUACGCGCGAGGGGCUCAACGAUGCGGUUGUGUGGAACCCGUGGAUUGAGAAGGCUAAGGGCAUGGGCGAUUUCAGCCCAGAUGAUGGGUUCAAGAAGAUGGUUUGUGUUGAGGCGGGAGCUGUCAAUGGGUGGCAGGUGCUGGAAGCUGGUGAGUCCUGGGAAGGCGGGCAGUUUAUCAAGAGUAAAUAG